AUGGCCUCGUCGAUGGAUCUCGAGCUUGCGACGACCAAUCGGCUCGACCAGCUCGAUCGGCCGUCCAGUCGCCGCACCGACCUGCACGCCUACCAAGAGGCCGUCGAUGCGGCCGUGGUCGAAGCUGCUGAAGCCGCUGAAGCUGCCGAGGCCGCUUGCUGCUCGACGCCCCCCUCGUCGUCGCACUCGGCCGACAUCGUCCCCGGCCGUCGUGGCAGCAAUGCCACCAACACGGGCCGUCGCGUCAGCAUCGCGCGCACCAGCAUCGCGCGCACCAACACGGCUGGCGAGGGCGCUGCCACGCUCGAGCGCGUGCCCACGUACCUCCAGCCCUAUAUGCCGCUGCGCGAGCGGCUGCAUCACUUCACGUUUGCCUGGUACACGGUCACGAUGAGCACCAGCGGCGUCGCUCUCGUGCUCGGCAUCACGCCCCAUCGUUUCUACGGCCUCAACACCAUCGGACUCGUCAUCUUCCUGCUCGAUCUCGUCUUCUUCUGCUUCAUCACCGCCGCGCUCUGCUGUCGCUUCACCCUCCAUCGCCGCACCUUUCGCCGUGCUGCUACUCACCCCCACGAGGCCCUCUUCAUCUCCACCUUCUUCCUCUCCAUCGCUGCUAUGCUCUCCAGUGCUGGCGUCUAUGGCCGCCUCUUCUUCUCCGCCGGCUCGGCCAACCGUGUUGGCCUCUUCCGCUUCCUCUACGUCGCCUUCUGGAUCUACGUCGCCGCCACCUUCGCCUACUCCGUCCUGCAGUACCACAUCCUCUUCAGCGUCAAGCCCCAGCGUCGCCUCCGCAUCGACGCCAUGACCCCCGCCUGGAUCCUGCCCAUCUUCCCCGUCAUGCUCGCCGGUACCCUCGCUGGCGUCGUCUCGCCCGAACACUCGCCUGCCCGUGCUCUCCCCGUCCUCACGGCUGGUCUCGCUGCCCAGGGCCUCGGCUUCCUCGUCUCCGUCUUCAUGUACGCCACCUAUCUCUCCCGCCUCAUCGUCUUUGGCCUGCCUGCCCAACGACCCGGCAUGUUCAUCGCCGUCGGCCCCCCCAGCUUCACCUGUGCCGCCUUUGUCUCCAUCGCCUCCGACUACCCUCGUGUCCUCGCCCACGCCCCCUCUCACGUCAUGACUGCUCUCCUCGACGGCAUCGCCGCUAGCUCCGGCACCUCUGCCAACGACGUCCUUUCUUCCUCCAGCCUCCUCGCUGUCUCCGUUGCCAUCCGCCUCUUCGCUCUCGCCUCUGCCGUCUUUCUUUGGGGCCUCAGCUUCUGGUUCUUCUUCUCUGCUGCCGCUGCUGUCCUCGCCGGCAUGCCGGAUCGCCGUUUUCACCUCAGCUGGUGGAGCUUCGUCUUCCCCAACGUUGGCCUCACCAUCGCCACCAUUCGCCUCGGCACCGCCUUUGGCAGCGAAGGCGUCCUCUGGCUCACCACCGCCAUGACUCUCGGCCUCAUCAUCGCCUGGAUCUUCAUUGCCUUCCGCUGCGUCCGUGCCGUCAUCUAUCGCGAGAUUGUUUGGCCUGGCCACGACGAGGACAAGGAUUAA